ACCUUCUCUCGUUUCUACAGUGCCCCGGCUUCUUUCUUGCUUGUCAUCCGCAGAGCCCAGCUUCUUCCCUUCCGACACACUCGCUUGCUGUCUCCUUUCAGCUUCUUCUUCUUCAUCCACCGACCCAUCAAUCCAUUCCGCGCGACACGUCUGACAUUGUUUGUCCCGCCGUCGUCCACGUUUCACAGAGCAGCAGUUUACAGUCCCAAGUUAAUCCACCCCACGAGAAAAAGACAUGUCGAUCUUCAGAUACAUUGUGCCGGCUUUGGCCGUAGCAGCAGGAGCAGCUGCUCAGUGCGGUGACGGUGGCACCGCCACCAUUCAGAACGCCGGCGACGCGAGCGCCUUGGCCUCAUGCCAAACCUAUGAUGGCUCAAUCUCCAUCUCCUCGGACGUUUCCGGAAACAUUGCCAUUGAUGGCGUGCGCAAAAUCACGGGUGACUUGAUUGCCAACAAUGUCACUGGACUCACUGGACUCUCCGCCCAGAACCUGCAGGAGGUUGAAGGCAGCUUCGAGCUGACCAGCUUGACCGUCCUCACAUCGCUCAACUUCCCUGUUCUCACCAAACUCGACACCAUCAGCUGGAUCACUCUGCCCGCUCUGCAGGGACUGUCCUUCACCACUGGCGUGCAAGAGCUUAACGGGCUCGAGAUCUCCGACACUGAGCUCUCGUCGCUCGACGGCAUCAACCUCGAGGUUGCGGAUACCAUCAUCGUCACCAACAACCGUUAUCUUACCAGCAUCAACAUGCAGCUCGGCAACGUGACCGACUCCAUCAUCCUCGGCGCCAACAGCAAGGACCUUGUCAUUGAGUUCCCCAACCUGAUCUGGGCGAACAACAUGACCAUUUCCAACUGCUCCGAGUUCACCGCACAAUCGCUUGAGACCGUGAACGGAUCCGUCGCAUUCUAUUACAGCACAUUCAAGACCCUGUCCGCCGCCAACCUUACUGAGGUCGGCGGUGACCUUACCUUCGUCGCCAACAACGAGCUGACUAACAUUUCCAUGCCGAUGUUGGAGUCCGUCGGCAGCUUGGCCAUUGCGAACAACUCUGCUCUUGAGGAGGUCAACGGCUUCGCUGCACUCGCCACCAUCUCCGGUGCUGUUGACUUUGACGGUGCCUUCACUGCUGUCGAACUCCCCAAGUUGGACGACGUCCGCGGUGCUUUCACCAUUGUCUCCAGCAAGAGCAUCAACGAGACCUGCUCCACAUUCGACAGCCUUCAGGGCGAGAACAACGUCAUCAAGGGAGACUACGUCUGCCAGGGCGAGACCGAGACUUCCACCUCUGACCAAGACGGUACCUCCACUGGCAACAAGCCCAAGAAGUCAAGCGGCGCGGCCAACCCGAUGCUCAUUCCCGGCGCCACUGGUGUCCUCGGUCUCUUCGCGGCCAUGUUCGGUCUGCUCUGAGCGUGACAAAGGAAGGACUAUGGCGAAUUUGAUCUUAUUUGUGUUCUGCGGAGGCGUUUUUGCGAGAAGCAUGGAGGAGCAUAGCCUUAUACUGCCGGCUGUUUCCUUGGUUGGGGAAUUGAACAAUUUCGGACAGACAAGGAAUUGCAUAGACUAAUGGUAGUACUCAAAAACAUGAACGCACACCG